GCUAUCAGCUGUUUUGUUGAAAUUGUGAAGGAAAUGUUGUAUAACAAGGAUAUCAACAUCAAAGUUGUCAACUCCAGUCCUUCAGUUACUUCUGAUAAGAGUUCUAGCUUUCAGCAGGUUAAGGAGUGCCGAAUACAACACUGAGCCUGGAGCAUUGAGUCUUCAAGAUGGCAACUAGCAGUAUACCAAUUCUGAAGGAAUGUUGUUGUGGGUGUUCCCUAAAAACUGGGUCAAUGAUCAUUGGUUUCAUCACUCUCGUACUUGCCAGUGUCUUGACCUUCAUAGCAGCAUCAGCCCUUGUACACCAUGACUAUGUUAUCCUGGUGCAAGACUCUUCUCUUGAUACUAUUAUGGAAGUCGCUCUUUUAGUAGUUCGAGCUUUACAGGCAGCUUUCAGUCUCUUGCUCAUCAUUGCUACACAUAGAGAACAAGCUGUAAUGAUCCUACCAUGGCUGGUGAUCUCUCUGAUAGCAAUUUUAUUGGAAGGAACUUCACUUGGCAUAAUGCUUAGUCACCUAGCUGUAGGAGAAAUCAAUUCCAGAAUCUUCAGUAUGGCUACUCAUGUUUACAGAAGAAUCUGGAAUUAUGAAGAUAUUUUUGACUGGCUAGAUUUUUAUUAACUUUUAUUUUAAACCUGUGACUGGAUAUUUUAUAUUUGUGGUGUUCAGCUACUUCAGAGAAAUAAGAAAUAAGUCAUUAAUGACUACAAUGAAGGUCUGAAAAACUUCACACGGAUUCUGAUUUGUAAUAUUUAUUAUAAUUAUAGCCGUGUUCAAACUUGUGAUUUGCUUGUGCAUAAUAAUUUAUAUUUAUAUUAUUAUUUUACGCUAUAUAUAUUUCCUUCACUUUUGAACUAGAAUAGUAAUAAUAUUUUUCACAAUUUGUAUAUAUAUAUAUAUAAAUGUUUGUAUUUUUGCACUGUACAGUAGCAUAACUUUUUAAAUAUUUGUCA